AUCCUAAAAUGCGCAUGAUGGGUAUUAUCCUACCUGGCAGAGGUGCGAUACCACGCGAAGAUUCUCCACCACCAUCCUCCUCCCUACUCCCUCUUCCCCGCCGCGACGGAAGAGCUUCGGUUUUACGAUACGCGGUUGGCCACCGAUGGAUCUCCUCCACUGUUAAGAGUUUUCAGAGACCUUGCAGCUUUUCCUCGUUCCCCCAAACCCUAGCGUUCCGACGAAUCAGUGAGCUGAAGCUCUGCAGAUCAGUGAAGCUAUGUUAGGCGGCGGAGGCACUGUGUAUUGGGGGAGAAAAGAGGCCGAUAAGGUCGAAGGAAUCGUCGUGGUGUUCGCGUGGGCUUCGAUUCAGGAGCACCAACUGAAGAACUACGUCGAUCUGUACGCUUCUCUCGGAUGGAACUCGCUUGUCUGCCACGCCCAUUUUCUUAGCCCAUUCUUUCCAGAGAAGGCUACAUCGCUUGCAAUUGUUGUUCUUGAUGAGCUUGUUGAGGAGCUAAGGAUUAGUCCACAUCCUGUAGUAUUUGCUGCUUUUUCUGGUGGUCCAAAAGCAUGCAUGUACAAGGUUUUUCAGAUUAUUGAGAGAACAUGUGAAGCACAACUCCGCCUGAAUGAUAAUCGAUUGGUUAGAAAUUGCAUUUCUGGACACAUCUAUGAUUCUGGUCCAUUGGAUGUUGCAAGUGAUUUGGGUGCUCGUUUUGCCAUGCAUCCAACCAUAUUCAAAAUGCCUGGUUCUGCUAAACUAGCAUCAUGGAUUGCAAGAGGAGUUACUUAUGGUUUGGAUGCUUUAUAUCUCACUAAGUUCGGAUCUCAACAUACUGAAUAUUGGGAGGCACUAUACUCCUCAGUUGACUUCGGGGCUCCAUUUCUCAUUUUAUGCUCUGAAAGUGAUGAUCUUGCUCCAUAUCAUAUUAUUUGCAAUUUUGCUCAACGCUUACAAGAUCUUGGGGGACAUGUUAAAAUCUCAAAAUUGAAUGGCUCCCCUCAUGUAGGUCAUUAUCACUAUUAUCCAAUCCAGUACAAGGCUGCCGUAACUGAGCUGCUUCAAAAGGCAACUGCAGUUUGUGCUCAUAGGAGCCAGCAACUUGAAGCAGAAACAAAUGGCAUGGAGGGUGCACAUGAUGAGAUAUCCGAGUUAAUCUGCGGCCUCCAGAAUGCAGCGGUCAGUUCAAAUCAGAGCCUAAGAAGAGUUGCAGUGGGGCCAAGUGACCACUUUUUCUUACCUAGUUCAUCAGACUACCAAAAUGGCAGUGAGACUGGGUCUUUACAAGAUGAGCAGAAAGAAAGAUCAGUCCAUCUCCCAAUCCGCCCUAGCAUCAAUGCCCAUAGUGUCCUUGGCCAAGUCCUCUUUGAUGUUUGUGUUCCCAAGAACAUUGAAGGUUGGGAUAUUAAAUUUUCUGGUUCUUUGAAUGGGCAACCAUUUGCUUCUGCUCGAAGGCGAUCACCUCUCCAUGCUAUCAAAUGCAUUCGACGCUCAAGAUUAUAAGAAAGGUAAGUUUGCCGGGAACUCGCCCUUAGCUUGCAGGGGAGGUUUUAAGGCUUCCAAGUGCUUGCAAGUGAAUCAAGGAGAGGUUCUUUUCCUUUGUUUUUUUUAUUUUAUUUUUUUGCCUGUGGAGUAUAACUGUUAAUAGUUAUCCUGCCUCAGGGUUGUGGGCUAGUCUUCUAGUACAAACUGGUGUAGUGAGACAAAGAUCAAAUGGAGAGGAUAGACAGACUGCCGUUUCUGUUAAUGUAUAGGUAUGCACAAUAAAUGACCGGGCAUGAUAUUUUAGUGUGAUGUAUUAUAGGUUUCAACUUGAUGUAAAUAGAAAAUAGUAAUGACAAUAAUCAUAGUGAAUUUUGUUCCA